GUACUGUAGUACUGAGCAACGCAGAACCAUGGACCAUCGAUGGCUUGCUGUGGUCAGUGCCUUAUGCAUCUACAGCGUCCAAGCGCUGCAUCCCAUGGGAACUACUUGCUUGGGUACAUCCGAUUGUCCCAUAGGAAGUUCCUGCGUGGCGGGUGACGCGGCGGAGAGCGUGCAAACGUGUGUCGCGGACCAAGUUUGCGGCGGCAAUAUACCCGGCAACUGCCCUGGUUUCGUCGAGGAAGGGUCAUUGGUGUGCACGUGGGUGCAGCAGGAUCCAUCCGAGUGCACCUUUGGUCGCUGUCAUCCGUUCAACGAAUCGGUGGGUAUCUUCAAGUGCCUCUCGGUCGCCAAAUGUGACACCGCCGUCGCGUUAACUCCCGGCGGCGAUCAACAUGUCUGCUCCAGUGCAUGCGUCUCCAAGGGACGAACGUGCAAUGGUCGAGGCAGCUGUCGCUCCAGCGGACCCUCGUCCUUCUCGUGCGUGUGCGACCUCGGUUGGGCCGGCUCGACCUGCGACACGAACAACGGCGUCGCGCCAGGCGAUGAUGAUUUCUCUUCCGUGGCACCUGUGACAUCGAUCGUCCCUGCGACCACCUCAGCACCCCGUAGCCAUAACAUUGCCAUCAACGCCACCAAUGCCAACAACGCCACCAAUGCCAUCAACACCAUCAACACCACCAAUGCUACUCAUCUCCGCGAAAAACCACUGUCGACGCCAGCAACAUUGGGUGAUGGCGGCCAGCUUCUGCUGACAGUGGUGGUGCUCUCCGUGGUGGCGGUUAUCAUUGUGCUGGGGCUCAUUGUAUUUGCCCUGUAUGCCCGUCGAUUGAAGGAACAGGCGCCCGAACAGCACCAGACUGUCGUGGUAUCGUCACAGCAGUCGACAACACGUGAUAACAUCCAAGUCCUGUAAAACCUUUAUAAUCCACCCCUCAAUCAAUGUAUAUACUAGUACUUCGUAUCGAA